AUGGCUCUUGCAAACCCCUACAUGCAUUAUUAUAAUAUCCAGCCUAAUCCUCCUAUCGAUAACAAUCAUAUUAAUUAAGAAAAUAACCAGUUAAAUCAAUACAAACAAUCUUCUUAAAAGAUUUUCGAUAUAAGUAGAGGAGCUGCUCAUGAACUUUAGCUAGAGGACUUGAUUGAUUGGGAGAAAUAGGUUAAAACCGAUCGUAUAAUAUCCAACGAUUCAAAUUGUCAGUUUGAAUGCAUUAUUUGCUCCAAUCUGCUGCUCGAUCCUGUGGACUGUAUCACAUGUGACACCUCCUUUUGCAAGCACUGUAUACUAGAGUACCAAAAUAGAUAGUAAUUGAAAAAUAAUUAAAAUAUCAACAAUAAUAAUAACUAAGAUGCAAAUGUGGCAAUGAAUGAUAACAAUGGAGAAAAUCACAAUCAUGAUGAUUAAAGAACAGAUAUUUAGUGUCCUUUGGGCUGUGCAGUUUUGAACCUUAAACCUGUACACAAGAACACUAGAUAAAAGCUUAACGAUAUCAGAAUUAAGUGCAUAUUCGCGCCUGACUGUCCUGAAAUUGAGCGCUAUGAGUCAUUGCAUAAACAUGAGGAUGAUUGCAAAUUCAAUAGAAUCAGAUGUCCUAACUAUGAUAAAUGUAAAUCAUAUUUUAAGAUUUAAGAUAAAGAUGUGCAUCUUUCUAACUGCAUUGUUAAUGAUUAUCAAUGUAAGGUCUGCAACUAAAAUGACUGCAGAUUUGACAAUGUGAACAGAACUAGACUGAAAAAAUUCAAUGCAAAUACUGUAUGUAGUAUUUUACAAAAGAGCAGUAUUUGA